CCGGAUCGGUCAGAUAGCAGGAAACUUAGGCGCCAAACAAAUUGUUCACAUCCGAGCAGAAGCGGCUCACAAUCUCUCCGUAGCUUGCUCACCGGUGUUAGGGCCAGGUCGACCAAUCAGUCCAUAUGGUCUAACAAUGUUUUGUCGGGGUGUGUAAAUGAGAAAACUUGGAUUCCGACUAUAUAAGAGAAGGAACGAGCCUAGUCCAGCCACAUCCUCCUUCUACCCGCCAGGCGUUAGGUAGUUAUCCUGGACGACUUGAAGUCCUGUCAAUUUGUUAUCCAUAUAUUGUCCGCACACC